AUGAGAGCUAACACAAACAUUUUACCCCUAGAACGUGCUUUUCAGUGGUCAACAACACAACCCAACAGGGUCUAUAUGACUCAGCCUAUGGGCGAAGGAAUUGUUAAAGAAUAUACCUGGUCUCAAACCAUAGAUGAAGCAAAACGCAUUGCCGCUUAUAUCAAAUCCUUCAAUUUUGAACCAGGUAGUAAUAUCGCAAUUCUAUCAAAAAACUGUGCCCAUUUUAUCAUGACAGAUUUAGCAAUUUGGAUGGCAGGUCACACAUCUGUAGCAAUUUACCCAACACUGAAUGCUGAAACUGUCAAUUAUAUUCUGACACACUGCGAAGCAAAAUUACUCUUUGUUGGAAAAUUAGACACCUGGCAAGAUAUGAAGCCUGGCGUACCUGAAGGGCUACCAAUGGUCUCUUAUCCAUCAAGUCCGCCAAAUGACUACCCAACCUGGGAUACGAUUAUUGCUGAAACUAACCCUAUAGAAGAAAACCCUAAACGAGACGCCAACGAAACGGCUAUCAUUGUUUAUACCUCUGGCAGUACCGGCACACCAAAAGGAGUUGUACAUAGUUUUCAUAAUCUAGCAGUAGCAGCAUUAGGAAUCGAAGAAAUUUUCCAACUUGCAAAAACAGAUCGUCAACUAUCUUAUUUACCACUAGCACACGUAUUCGAACGUGCGGUCGUAGAAAUUGGCUCUUUAUAUAACAGUACACAACUCUUUUUCGCUGAAUCUCUAGAUACUUUUAUUCGCGAUCUACAACGAGCACGUCCAACACUUUUUCACUCCGUACCUAGACUAUGGUUAAAAUUUCAACUCGGUGUUUUCAAAAAAAUGCCUGCAAAAAAAUUAGAUCGUUUACUCAAAAUUCCCGUAUUAAAUAAUAUUAUUAAAAAGAAGGUUCUCAAAGGGCUGGGUCUCGACGCCUGUCGUCUAGCAAUUAGCGGCUCUGCACCGAUCCCACCAGAUCUGAUUAACUGGUACCGUAAACUUGGACUUGAACUUUUAGAAGCCUAUGGCAUGUCUGAAAAUUUUGCGUAUUCCCAUGCAAACCUACCAGGAAAAACACGCAUAGGUUAUGUAGGAAAUACACUACCUGGCGUUGAACACAAAAUUAGUGAUGAAGGAGAAAUCCUUGUAAAAAGCCCUGCCGAUAUGACAGGCUACUACAAGAUGCCCGAAAUUUCUCAGGCAUCUUUUACAAAAGAUGGCUUCUUAAAAACUGGAGACCGUGGAGAGAUUGAUACUCAAGGACGUUUACGUAUUACAGGCCGAGUAAAAGAACUAUUUAAGACCAGCAAAGGUAAAUAUGUAGCACCGGCUCCCAUUGAAAACCUAAUUAACGCCGAUCCCCAUAUCGAGCAAUCUUGUGUUGCGGGCUCUGGCUAUCCAGCCUGUUAUGCACUUGUGAUGCUAUCUGAUCAAUGGCGUGGGCGCGUCCAGGAAUCAGAUAUUAAACAACAAUUGACGGAAACAUUGACACAGCUUUUUUAUCAAGUAAACCAAGAAGUUGAACCUCAUGAAAAGUUACAAUUUAUGGUUAUUGUCCAAGAUGAAUGGCAAAUUGAAAAUGGUUUUUUAACACCAACAAUGAAAAUCAAACGCAAUAUUUUAGAAGAUACUUACGCUCCAAAACUAGAUAGUUGGUAUUCAUCUAAAGAAAAAAUUAUUUGGGAAUCUUAA